GCCGGUCACUCACUUCCCGCCAAUCUCUGGCAUGUCUGUCUGCUAGGACCAUCUCAUCCGGCACACCAGGACACAACUCUCCACACGGCGCCACUGCCUCAGCUGAAGCAGAUGGUCGUCCCUACCUGGCCAAUCUCAAGACAAGAGGACUCUACAAUGAACAUUUGGUCAAGCAUGUGCAGUCCUACAAGAUCCAAGAGCUGAAAGUCCUGGAGCAGGGCAAAUAUGUGGACAUCACCUGGAGCGAUGGUCACCAGUCCAGAUUCCACGCCCUGUGGUUACGUCACAACUGCCACUGUGAGGACUGUAAGCUUGACCACAACGGCAUGCUGACCAUCAACUUUAACGACAUUGACGAAGGGCUGAGGGUCACUUCUGUCAGGAUGGAAGGUGAUGACGUAGCGAUUUUCAGAUGGUCUGGCGAGACAGGAGAGAAAGAACACGAGGGUCCGAUACCCACAUACUGGCUACGUCACUACUGCUACUCAGAGGAGGCAGAGAGUCAGAGGAGGGAACAGAGGACCAUGAAGUUUUACAAGGAGAAAACCGUUCCGGAGGUGGAGUACGCAGAGGUGAUGGAGUCAGACCAGGGGCUCUACAAGUGGCUGGUGCAGCUGAGCGAGCGCGGGAUCUGCCUGGUCAAGAACGUGCCCACACAGGAAGGGAUGGUCGCUAAGACGUUCGACGUGGUCAGUACCCCUCAGCCAAUCAACGCAGCCUAUUCUCCUGUGCGUCUUGACCUUCACAUGGAUCAGCCCCACUAUGAGUCGCCGCCUGGACUUCAGAUGUUACAUUGUAUAGA